GAAAAAAGAAGAGAAUAGUUUCCUUUAAGGCGGGAAAAUCCCGGGCUAGUGUGACAGUGUGUUGGAAGAUGGCAAAUUGGUCAUACCCAGAUGCUUCUCUGGAAGAUUUGCUGAAAAUGGUGAAAGGGUUCAUAGAUAUGGUCAUUCUUGCUUCUGGGUAUCAAUCAUCUGGUCGUCUUGCUCACUGGGAUUCACAUAACAUCAAAAAUGCGCUUCAAUGGGCUCUCUUUCUCCAGGAUGUGAUGAGGGACUUAAGUAGCUCAGAAGACUAUAAAGACUCUUUGGAGGAGCUUGAUGCAGCUUUAUGUGAAAUAAACUCUAAUCCAUAUUUCCCUCAGGGUCUAGCCCAUAUUUCCUCGAAGGUCCUUAGCAAAGCAAGUGAAUUCAUGCUAGAACAUCUCAUCAGUGUCUUUCCACUGAGAGAUGAACACUUGAAAGCUUUACUGAAUGCAAGUGUUGAGAUGGAUUAUCACAUGCACCAGAAGACAGAUAGUAGAUCUCUCAAUGACAUUUUUGAAACCUUGAUGUGUAAUACAUCUAAAAAUGCUAUUCCUAAUGAGAACAAAUUUCCAAGGGAGGAAUCUCUAAACUCAUUGCCAAAUUCUUCUCCAAGUGAACAAGCUGAUGAUUCAAUCAGAUGUGAGUUUUCUCUCUUCACUGCACAAGCGCUUGAAAGGAGGCAACUAUCAGUUUCAUUGAUAUCUGCAGCAGAGACAGGGUUGAACAUUUUGUCUAGUGGCUUAAGAGAUCUGUAUGUGAGGGAGGAUGACAAUGCUUUAGAUGUAAAAAUGAUGCAGACAACAAAUUUCAUGACUGAAGAAAAACCAAUCGGUUUGGCUGUCUGGAAUUAUUGGAAAUCAAAAAGUCUCUCAUAUUUGCUUGACAAGAGAACUAUUAGACUGGUCUCAGGUGCCAGCCUGGUGUUUUCUGCCCCGAAGAGACAAUGGAUUCAAGUGUUUCAGCGGAUAGAUAUAUCAUCUCAACUUGAAGAUAGUUUGUGUGAAAUAGUUGAGCUCGCAUUACUAGCAUGUGUAGUGGAUAGAUGGAGUUUUCUGAUUGACCGUUUGAUGUUGACCUCUUAUGAGUUUGUCACCACUUCGAGGCUAUACAAUGAGGUGCAUAGCUCGGUACAGAGAGAUUGUAUGGAGGAAACCAGCAACUCAAAGGAAAAAGGAAUUAUUGAGUACCUUGAAGUUUUCUUACACAAUCGGCUAUAUCUCUUGUGGGAACUAUCUCCAGUCCUAGCAGCAUUUGCAAUUCCUUCCUGGUCAAAUUUGUUCAGAAAAUAUCUGACAGAGCUUGACGGUCAAGUUACAGGAGACUUUUCAUUAACUAGAUCCGAUAGUAGUACUAAGGAAAGGAAGAAGUAUAGAGAAUGUGAUGUUGCUGAGAGAAUUUGGUGCCUUCAUGUUUGUCAUGUUGGUGGUUCUGAUGUAGAAUCUGGUUCAUUUAGCACUUGACAAUAUUUUCUCUUGAAGGCGUAACCGGCAAAGGUCAAAAAUCUUGAUGAUGAGAAGUUCAAAGAUGAUUCAGAUGUUGAAGUGUCACAGACGGAGAGUUGCACACAGCAGUUGUGAUGUUACACUGGUUAGUGUUGAAAGAAGAGCACCGGUUAAUUGUUU